AUGUGUCAUAUUCUGCCACCCCAACUUCCCUACUUUCUACCUCCCCUGUACAGUGGCCCAUCAUCACGCAUGUCCAGUCACCGAGGCCUCAACAGUGCCAAAUCUAAGGUCUCUGUGGAUCAAGCUGCAGAGAAAUCAGAGAGAGCCAAAAGUCUCGAAAAUAUUAUGACAACUAGGAAAAUGGAUAAUGAAAUAGCUAGAGGGAAGAGUCCUCUCCAUGGCUGGGACAAUGAUGGAGAGCGAGAUGAAGAUUUAAGUGUAAAAGGCGAGUUAAUUCGUAAAAAGUCCUUCCACGAAGAUCAGAUCACGGCAGGUGUGAAUGACAGUGCAUCGGUUAAAAAUGCAGGUGGGGAUGGAAAUGUGGAGGACACAGUAGAUGAUGAAUUUGACAAACCUGACAGAGCAGAUGGGCGACAAAAUCCAGAGGACGUUGUAAAUACUGAUAACAAUGUGGUUGCUGUGGAUGAUGAUAACAAGGAUGACAAAAAUGAAGAUGAAAAAGUUGAUGAAGAAAAUGAAAAUUGGAAAAUAAGGAAAUCAGAGGAAGAAGAGUUUAAAGAGAGGUUGGAUCAGAAAGUUGAUGAGAAAGAUGAUGACACGAAAAAAGAAGACAAUAAAGAAAAGGAUGUGGUUCAGGAGGAAGGUGUUGACAACAGUGAUCAACAAGAGGCAGCAGGUCAACUCUCUGUGGAUGGCAAGGUAGAGGAGGAGGUGUCAGAUGAAAAAGCAAACGAGGAAAACAAGGAUGAAACAUAA